UCUGCUUCAUAAUCUACUGGAAUUUUGUUGAUUGUGUUAACAGUUGAAAAAUUACAGUAAAUCAACAGUGGAGCUCUGGUGUUAAAGGGUUAAAUCUCAAGUGAAAGUUUUUAUUGUUUGGAAAACGAAUUCCUGUUUUCAAGCUUGAACAUGUUAUAGAUAGUUUAAAUAAAGCUAGACAUGCAGGCCUAUGUGUUAUCUGCCUGCAACAUAUGUGUCACCCCCCGUCCCUCCCUCCCAUACCCGGACUCGUGAAGGUGCAGGACCUCAGUGAGUCACCAAACCGUGCAGAGGACUGUCAUGAAGGACUCCCAAAUUUUUUAAUUUGUUGCUAGUUUUGGCUCUGGAAGGUUUGCUCAUCAGGAUGUGUCAGUGUUCUGACAUGAGGCCUGGCGUGGGUCUCCUCAUUGUGGUGUGGGUGAACUGUGGAGUUUUUUGGUUGAACUCUGCAGCUCCAUCGAGGUUUCCACGUCCGCUGCUGAGCGGCCCAGACGGGGCCUUUCUCAACUCAAAGGUGCCUUUUCGCUGCUUUGCUAUCAGCUCUUCUGCUCCGGUCAUGUACCAGCUGAUGAGGAACAGCAGCUCCCUGAUCAGCACCCUUGUGGAUUUGAAAGGAAACCAAACAGCACAGUUCACGUUGAAGAUAACAGGAGCGUCGGGAGGAUCGUAUCGCUGUGUGGUGACCGCUGGAGGAAGAACAAGAGUCAGCAAUGAGAUCAAGCUGACGAUAGUCACUCCACCAUCUGGAACCAGAGUGACCUCUGACCCCUCCCCUCCAGUCGCAUUUGAAGGCUCACGCGUCGUCCUGAGCUGCAACGUCAGCCGGGGCUCCCACCUCUCAUACACCUGGUUCUUCAACAGGAGGGAGGUCCCCCACUCAGGGAACAAGAUCGUAAUAGAGAGGGCGAGUCCAGAGCACGCAGGUCGUUACUACUGUACCGCCUGGUCCACAGUUCAGAACACCAGGAGGUUCUCCACGAGCACAGAGGUGAAGGUGACUAUCAAAGCCUUCAUUUCCAAACCAAAGAUCUCCUUCUUCCUCUUCAAAGACGGGACCAAAUACCAGGCCAAUGUCACCUGCUGGUCUUUAAAAGGAAGCCCUCCUGUGAACUUCUCACUUUAUGUGGAUGACAGGAACAUUGAAACUGUGACGGCUACAGAAAGCCUGGCUGCCUGGUUCCAGGUGGAUGCGUUCCCCGGGCUGGACAUGGGCGAGGCCCGGUGCAGGGUGAAAACUGAGUUGCAAGAAAUGAUGAGUGAGCCUGUCAGUCUGGAAGUAGUUCCAGUUGGAGGAAACGUGAAAGUGGAGUUGACCUAUCUGUACACAGCAAAGGCAAAGCUGGCCGCUGCCACGCUAAGAUGUCACCUCAGCAGAGGAACCUUCCCGCACAUUUCCUGGCUUUUGAACGGCUCUGCCGUUCCUUCAGAGUCAUGGGCAAAUCCUCAAACUCCGCUUCUCCUACCUCACUUCAACUUCUAUGACCAAAGACAAACUCUCAUCCUCACCAAGCUUGGCCCAGAGGGUUCUGGGUACUAUCGCUGCAGGGCCAGAAACAGCUAUGAUGACUCUGCGCCGUGGUUGGAGAGCUCAUCUGUGCUGGUCCAGGUCACAGACAAGAUCCUCAACUCUUUUUUAGAGGGAACAUCCCCUACCGAACUUCCCCCAGUGUGUCCAACAUCUCCCACGGAUAUCAUUGUGGUCACAUUCUCCUGUUUCUUCGCGCUCAUGCUUGGAGUGGGAUCAGUCUUUCUGAUCAAGAUGCUUGAGCACAACCAAGCCCUCACCAGCAUUUCUUUAGAAAAUGGUGCUGCAUGGCCUCAGAGAGCCGAAGACUCACCACGCUUCACCGGCAGACCUUUAAGUCCAGGACAAGGCGUGCGACUCAAUGCAGGAUGCUACAAACAAGAGCCAGAGAGCCAUGCUGUCCACUGAAACCCUCCAUCUCCAGGCGAUCCACUGUUGAC